AUGGAUUUCAGUUAUCUUAAACCUCCCAAAUAAGCAAUGUAAUUAAAACAUGCAGGUAAUUUGGUUAUUUAAUUAGAUGAAUAUAUUAGGUAUUAUGUGGAAGGAAAAUUAAAACGAAAUGUGUUUUAUAAUGUAGAAUUUGAAGAUGUUGAAGAAGAAUUGAUAUAAAAAUUAGAGGAUCUUAUCGCAAAAAAACAGGUUUAACUACCAUUGUAGUGGGAUAAAUAAACUACAUUGAAGUUCUGUUAUUCUGGCAAUUUUGACAUUGAGAUGGCUUUUUAAACAUUAAUGAGGUAUUUGAAAUGGAAGGAGGAUUCAGAUUAUCAAGUAUUAACACAAGCAGGGGAAGAUAUCUUAGUAAUAUUAAUUAUUGAAUUUUGAGAAAAAAGGGAUAGUCUUUAGUUUGGGGAGAGACAAACAGUUUAGGCCAUUAAUUUUUAUAUAGGUUUCAAAAAUAAGUACAAAUAUUGUAAAAAUUUUAUUAAUAUAAUAGGAAUAAUUGCCACCAAUACUCAAUGCAAUAUGUGUUCUCUUGAAUCAUAUAUAAAAAUUUAUGUUAGUGCCUUACCAUGUAGAGAAAUGGAGAAUUAUUGUGGAUUUAAAUGAUAUCAGUAUAUUUAGAAUGCCACACCAAGUAAUUUUGUCUAUAUUUUGCAGAUAAUCAAAAGAAUUAUUGAUGUUACAUAAUCAAACUACACAGCCUCAUUAGAAUAAUUACAUCUACUCAAUCCGCCUUUCGUUUUAAUGGCAGCUUGGAAAUUAGUUGAAAGUUUAUUUGAAUAAUAAUUUUAUAGAAUUGAUGCAUCCAGAAACGGCAAAAAAGAUACAAUUUUGUAAAGAUCCAAGUUAUCUUUAAGAAUAUAUAAAUGAAGAUUAAUUGAUGCUUAAAUAUAAGGGAACAUUACCAAAUUUUACAUGUUUAUGGUAAAUUCAAUUAAAUAAUUAAAGGCCAAUAAUCAAUACAUAUAGAGGAAUGGGAGAAAGCAUUCAUAGGAAUAUGACUGAUAGUGUGUAAAAAAACUACAUGACAGAAAGUGCCUAUUUGAGUAUGCUUGAUUCUUAAUACUACUCAAUUUAAACUUACAAAGAAAUCGAAUUGAGUAAACCUUAAAUAAAAGGCUAGUGUUGCUCAUGUAACAUUAUGUGA